UUAUAUAGCCUUGGUGAAGAUUCAGAUUUGGAUUGUUGUGAUUGAUGUGUGGCUUUGAGCAAGGCAGUAUAUACAUUUUGAUAUACCUUGGGGAGAUAUACCUAUAUACAUUAGCCAGUAUAUACCUAGGCCUUGAGUAUUGGUUGAAUAUUGCCACUUCGCAGUAUUGGCUAUUGGCAGUGUUGGCGAUAUUGGUAUUUUAAGUGUAUCGCUGGGUGUGCAAUCAGCAAGGGACCUUAUCUACGAUUGCAAGUGCUUGACAAGAUAAGCUGCUGCCACCUGGAGAAAUAACUCCAAGUGAAAGUUCGCCGCCCGGCCGUUAGAUGCCAGCAGUGAGCAGUUCUUUCCCUCAGCGGUAAAGAACUGAACGAGAAACGGAACAUGAUCUUUGUUGGCAUCCACCGCCAAGAAGUGUAACACUUGCCAACAGACCAGUGUGUGUACGGCGUUUGUGAGAGCGGUGCCGCGAACUGCGUGACUAUGGAUCGGACCAGAAACGGCCACGGGCUCUGGCCGGAGAGACACCGCCGGAUGGACUCGGCGCACGGAUACCCCGCACCAGAGCCGCGGGUACCGGUGGAGUCGGCCGUACCGAUACCGGUACCCAGUGAUGUGUGUCGGGCACCGCCCGAUGUGGCUGCUACACUGCCGCUGCGUGUUGGAGACCGGGUCUGCUGGAUCAGUGACAGCGGACCGGAGACGGGCUCGGUGGGCUGGAUCGGCAAACUCCCCGCCGAGGACGGCGGACGAGACUGGAUGGUCGGCGUCGUCUUUGACAACCCGGUCGGCUCUGGAAACGGCUGCUACCGCGGUCACCGGCUGUUCGAGGCCAAACUGAACCACGCCUCCAUCGUGCCCAUCACCGGCCUGAUCCGAGCCGAGGACUUCAACUGCUCGUCACCGACCGGGGCACCCUCACCGACCCCCGACCCGGUCCAGGCGCCGGUGCCGCCUCAGAGAAUGAACGGCACCGGCCGUCACCUAGCCCCGUCGUCGGCGGAGAGGGCCGGGUCCAGACACAGCAGUGGGCCAGGGUCAGAGGCCGGCACAGGUGGCCGCCGUAACCUGGAGCUCCACACGUCUGACGAAGAGGACCGGCCUCCGGCGCCGGCGCGCGCGCCCGUCCGCGGCCACGAGUUUACCGACGACCUCACCCGCAUGACGCCAUUCCACCGGCUGGCCUACGAGCAGCUGGCGGCCACGCCCACCCCGCCGGCCACGCCCACUCUCAGUCAGCUGAUGAACGAGCAUGACAACUGCAUCCAGGCGAAGACGGCACACCGGACAGAGUCGUCUGCCCGGCGGCGUCAGCUGCCCCUGUCUGACCUCAGCAACUCCCAGACGGUACCACCCCUGGAGCGACGGAGACCCAAACGGAGGGACAAGGUGGCCGCCACGCCCAGUCCCGAGUCGCCGCCACCGGCGCCACCGCCACCUCCACCGCCGCAGGAGAGCAAAGCAGAGCUGAGCGCCGCCUGGACCGAGCCGGAGGUAUCGGUGGGCUCAGCAGUCGAGGUCGACAUCCGCGGCAUACCCCACUACGGCGUCAUACGCUGGCUGGGGCACGUGCGGGGAGACAACAAACGACGCCUCCUAGCCGGCGUUGAAAUGGAGGAAGACGACGCGUCGCUGGGCGGCGACGGCGACGGCACGUUCAACGGCACCCGCUACUUCCACUGUCAGCCGGGGAAGGCGCUGUUCGUUCCCCUGGCCGACUGCAGUAGGGACCGACGCUUCCUGGACCUGAGCGCGGAUACCACGGAUAGCGGCGCGUUUGGGAACGUCGAGUGUCCUGUGAUCAGCGGGAACGUGCCGCCGAUCUCAGUGACAUCUACCGAGGAGCUGAAGAAGCUCUGUGGCAAGCUAAAGGGAAUACAGGGCCACCUCAACUCAUGCUAUCUGGACGCAACGCUGUUCUCCAUGUUUGCUUUUACACCUGUGUUGGACUGCCUGCUGCAGCGGCCCCGGCGGCCGGGAGAUAUACCCGAGUACUCGGAGGUACAGCGACUGCUGAAAGAGGAAAUCGUCAACCCGCUCAGGUCAGCCAUGUACGUGCGGGCGGACCGGGUGAUGAAGCUCCGUCAGAUGCUGGAGACUCUCAGUUCUGUCCGUGGACUCACAUCAGAGGAGAAAGACCCCGAGGAGUUUCUUCAGUCGCUGCUGGCUCAGAUGCUGCACGCCGACCCGUUCCUCCGCUACUCCUCCGGCCAGGAGUCGUACCUCUACCAGCUGAUUGUGGAGAAGGACGACAGUCUGGUGCUACCGAGCGUUCAGCAGCUGUUCGACCAGAGCUUCAGCAGUGGUGACAUCAAACUCAAGGAGAUUCCGUCCUGUCUGAUCGUCCAGAUGCCGCGGUUCGGAAAGGACUACAAGAUGUACUCGCGAAUCCUGCCCAGUAUGGUACUGGACGUGACAGAUGUCAUUGAGAACUCUCCGCGGCAGUGUUUCGUAUGCGGCCGGUUGGCCGAGUGGGAGUGCAAGGGCUGCUUCAACCAGAGCGGCCUGGGGCUGAUGACCACCGCCUACUGCUCCAAGUGCAACAUCAUGUCGCACAACCACCGUUCCCGGUCGUCGCACCCUCCGCGGCAGCCGCUGCGCGUGCCCCACCAGUUCACCGAGCUGCGAGAGCACGCGCACAUACCGCGCACCUACCUGGAGUUGUUCGCUGUCGUCUGUAUCCACACGUCUCACUACGUGACCUUCACCAAGGCCGGACAUGGCCCGGAUGCUGGAUGGGUGUUCUUCGACUCGAUGGCCGAUCGGAAAGGCGAGGCACACGGGUACAACAUUCCGGAGGUGGUACGAGUGCCCGACCUGCCCCGCUGGCUCAACGAGGAAGGUCGGCGGGGGCUGCUGGCCGUCACCGACGACAAGCGACUGCCUGAGCACGCGCGGAGACUACUCUGCGACGGCUACAUGUGCUUCUACCAGAGCAGGGACGUCAUGAUGUACCGGUAGAGGUGGUGGAAGCGGUGGGUGGACGAGCUGAUGUAGUGCAUCAACACUGGGGAGGGGCAGUGGAAAAGGACAAGGCUGGCUAAAGGUGGUUGGUGGAGAGCUGGACUUGACGAGAGGGGUGUAAAGAGUGGUAUGGGAAGUCGGUUGCUUGUUUUGAUGUUGGUAGACUCCGGUGGGGGCUCGUAGAAGUCGGUAGGAUGUGGUAAAGCUGUCAAGCGGUCGGAGGUUAACGAGAUCCGGUAGAUUCUGUUCAACGUUUGUAGGACCUGACGGAACCCAGUAGAAACAACCGAAAUCAGUGGAAUUCAGUAGAAUCUGCUAGGACCUGCAUUUUCUGUGGCCGAUAAAGAUAGUUCCGCUAGCCCACGCUGCUGCCCGUAAAGAUCCACCGAGCAUUUUGCUAAUGAAGGCAGCUGUGAGCUGAGUAUGCCUGUAGUGAGCCGUCGCAAUACUGCCGAAUAUACAAUAUCCUGCUCUACCGCCUGCUCUCCAAUACCCAUCAUCCUACCCCUUCCAGCCACCCUCGAACGAAGAGAACGAUGUCCUCCCCAGACCUCGCAGCCACCGAGAGUCUUUUGACUCGGAGUUCGACCCUUAGGCUGACACUAAGCUACAUGAGUCGAUUAUUUUCAAUGGUGUCUGAUUUGUAGACACAUAGUGUCUUAUUUGAAGGCACGGUGUCUGAUUUGAAACCACGCUCCGGGCUAGGUGGUAAUUUCGACCGAGCUGCGUUGACAGCUAUGCCGGGCUGGUGCCUGGCCCCUUCCCACACCUUUCUUCAAGGGAUUCGUAUGGGCUGCGCUGAACGAUUCUGACUGAGCUGAAUUGGCCGUGUUUGCUGGUAGCGUCGAUCGGUGAGAAGCCUGAAUAAGACGUUGAUUUUUUUUUUGUAUUUGAUGCGGACAAUGUGUACUGGUCCGAGCUGUUGAGUUGAAAUUGGGGGCCAUUUACGAAUAUCCGCCGCUUUUGUCAGUCAAAACUGAAUAGUGUCAAAAAAUCAGAUACCUUUUCAGAUGGAAAAGAAUAGGAGUAUUGUAGCCGGUAUGGAAAUGUCCAUAGCGCUGCAGAGCUGGUGCCGUGGACAAAAGCAGCUGUUUUCAGGAGUGGUGGCUGCCCAGCAAUAUUUUGCUGUUCUUGUCGGAGCUUACUGGGGAAAGGACACGUUGUUUGGAUAAAUCUUUCGAUAUACAGGGGUAGGUGGGUCAUAUGACUACGUUCCUUGCAAAGUGUCCUGAUUAUUUGUCCCCUUUCUGAGCUCCCGUCUUGGCUUCCAUGACAUUGCAGCGUUUGGAGUUGGAUUUGUCUGACCGACACAGGUGUGGCGCUUCCCUUUCUACUUUGAUCGCAGUUCCACGGAUUUUGUGAAGGGUGGAACGGGACCGUAAUCUUGGAACGGGACCUACCUGCGUCAUGGCUGCUACAUAGACCAUGCCUUGUUCAAUGGAAUACCAAAACAUGCGUACUCUAUGGAAUAAUAUCGGCUAUAUUAACGUGACGCGUGGAUAAACAAGGUUAUGUUGCACUUUUUAUAUUUAUACUUAUCAUCCUCGUAAUAUUUGGCGUGAAAACUGUAUUAUUAUUCGUAUGUUUAAUGGCAGAGCGUAAUUGCCGCUUCUCGUGACAUGUCACCAAUCACCAUAUAAAGUGGUGACACUGUUGACAUUUCCCCGACCCAGUGGGGAUUCUCUGAUUGUAUCGUGCCACUGAUGAAUUCAUUCCUUCGUGUGGACCCGAGUCCCUUGCAUAGCGCUGUGUUGAAAUGUAUGAUGAAAUCGCUAUGGAGCCCCGAUGUUGUGUUGUAAUCGAUUUUAUCGUUAGUGCUCCGUGUGGAAGAAUUAUUCUGUUAUUUCACCUACCGUUAAUUGUUUGUGAGACCAGAAAUGUGUCCUCCUCCCCUUUUGUUCUGCCGUAAUCCUUUUGAGUUUUCUUAGUAAGGCAGAUGAUUGCGAAUGCUGGCUGUUAACCCCAACUGUGGUGUACGAAUGUGAUACCUAUGGGAAAAAAAUAUAUAGCAUAGUUA